AUUGGUGGAUAUUUGGAUAUUACAGCGUGGUUGCUGAUAUCAUAUCAUAUGAUAUUUUCAAUUUCUGAACAACAUGAACAAGGAAUAAUAAGCUAGAAAAGGAAACUGCUGAUUUCGAUGAUCUUACAUAUUUCAGUGUUAAAGCCUUUAAUUGUACAUAUACUGUCAUUUAGUUUUCUUCAGAAUGAGCAGAAUAAGGCUUAUACAGUUGGGAAGUAGUUGCCUUUCCAAGGCUAAUUUUCAAAACAUAUGCAGUUCUGGAUUCAGGGCGCCGGCGGCGCGCGGCCUGCAGGUGCCGGCGGACCCCACCCGGCGCCAGCGGCCCGACCUGCUCUUCUCGCGACUGGAGCUCGAGCUGCGCGCCCACGAUCCGGCGGUGCUCGACUCGUACGUGACGUUCCUGCAGCAGGCGGCGCGGCAUCUGGGCGUUACCACCGGCAAACUGUGGGAGCCGCCGCGUCACUACCAGCGACUCUCGCUGCUCAAGUCGGUGCACAUUUUCGCCAAGCACAAGGUGCAGUACGAGGCGCGCACCUAUUUCCGAGUUCUGGAGCUGCUGCGACUGACGGGCAGCACGGCCGACACCUACCUCGAGUACACACAGCGGAUGCUGCCGGAGGGUAUCGCCAUGAAGGUCUCACGGCACGCUCGAGAGAGUCUACCGGAGCAUCUCAGUCAACGACCAGACCAGUCCGAAUCGGACGGAAAGUCGGCAUAGCGCAGAGAACGGAACGCCAGUGCGACCCACUAGUCCCCGCAGUCACAUUGGUGCAGUACGAUAACGCGUGAACUGAUAGUUUUGGCAAGUGGGUUUGCGUGUGUGCGUUUCGACAGAACGGACACAUCGAUGUGAGUGAUGACGAUCGUAAAUGAAUGAUUAGGGCAGUGGAGGAAGACCUGUUUUGAAUUGAACUGUAUGCCACUGUAAGAAAUAAAACAGAGUACUUUGUAA